ACCGCUCUAUCGGAGUUGGCGAGGCAGUUCAGUUUGAGCUGAUAUAACGCGGCGAGAGCACCGCUCGUCUUGACACACUACAUUAUCGAUAUCAUCAAAAUGGGUUGCGGUGAAUUCCUGGUCAAAUACGUGCUAUUCUUUGCCAAUCUCUUCUUUGCGCUCGCAGGGUUAGCUCUACUUGGUCUGGGUAUUGCCGUCGAGCUUCGCAUCUCCAAUGCCGCCGAAAUUCUGGACAAGUCCCCGAUAUUCCAGCUCACCCCCAUCGGGGCCAUGGUCAUCGGCUCCAUCAUAUUCCUCGUGGCCUUCUUCGGCUGCUGCGGCGCCAUUCGGGAAAGCAAUUGCAUGCUCAUUGUGUACUCUAUAUUCAUGAUUAUGCUGAUGAUCCUCAAAGUGACGCUGGCUACCUUGAUCUUCGUUAAACAAGACGAGCUUCUGACCAACAUCCCUGUCUGGCUGAACGAAACCUUCACCAGAGAUCAGAUCGCCUUCCAAGGAAUAGAGAAAUCCUUCUCAUGUUGCGGCCCUGCCGGCGCGUUGUCCUACGGCUUGGCCCCCUUGCCAGCUACCUGCUGCGCCAACACCCCCUGUACUCUGAUCAACGCUUACAGCGGCUGCGGAGAUAUAGUCACCGAGUUCUUCGAAACUUUCGGACUCGCCAUCGGAUCAGUGGCGAUUGUGGUCGGAGCUAUUGAGCUCGUAGCCGUCGUGUUUUCGCUCUGCCUGGCGAACCACGCCCGCAACAAAAACAGAAGAAGCCGCUAUUAACAUUGGAAACACAUAGAUUUAAGUUUUACAAUACAUUAAUUGUUUACAAUGUACCUCCUUAGUUGCUAAGCAAUAAAUAACGUUUGUUAUAUCAAAGAAA